CGUCACAGUUCAUCAAUACAUGCAUCUCCGCCAAAUUUAGUGUUGUUAUUUGGCUUCCUCCGGGCGAUAAGUCGUUUGAAAAGAGUUAAAGAAAAUGGCUGACUCAAGUGGCAAAUUAGUCUUGUUUGCUGUUGAUGGAAGCUCCCAGUGUGAAAAGGCCUUCGACAUCUACUUGAAGACCAUCCAUCAAAAAGGACAUACAGUUGGUUUACUUCAUGUUCAUGAUAUCACUAAUGUCAUCGUUAGAAUACCCUUAGGAGCAGAUCUUCCAGCGGAGGCAAUAGAAAAGAUCAUCCAGGAGAGCUGGGAUAAAGUAGAUGAUAUCAUUGAUAAAUUCAGAAAAAAAUGUGAUCAGCAUGGCGUGAAAUAUCUUGUGUUUUUGGAACAAUCUGGAAAACCAGGAGAAGCCAUCUGCAAAGUUGCCAAGGAGAAGAAUGCAGUCCUCAUUGUUGUGGGAUCAAGAGGACUGGGCACUAUUCGUAGGACACUUCUUGGUAGUGUCAGUACCUACAUAGUUCAUCAUGCCGACAUUGCAGUUACUGUAAUACCCAUGCCAAAUUAAACUUGUAAGAAUGAAAUGUAAUGGAACUGAAAAUGAUAUUGACCUCUUUCCAGUGGCGUCAAAACAAAGGAUGGAAAGCUCUAUUGGGAACUAUCUMUUGUUUUGUCUGCCAGAUAUAGCCACWUCCCAUGAACAGUAAAGAAAUCGCUAGAAGGGGUGUAUACCAAGGCACCUUAUACAAUGCACAUACAUGUUCAGUAAUAAAUCAUAUAUGCAGUCSAUCUUGAAAAGGUUGUAWCCCCAAUAAUUUCCAAUYUUCCAAUUGCCAUGUAACUUAUGAAAAUAUUCCAUUUCCYUUCGUUUAAAAUGGUAUAGAAUGCCUGGUGUGUUUUAGUGGAGAAAUGAGAAGACAUUUUUCAAARUCUAUAUGGACAUAGUGCAGAAACUGAAUAUAUAUCAAGAUACGUCAUAAUUGGAUCAUUGGAAUUGUCUUUUUAGGUGGUCAACCUUUUCAAGAUGGGCUGUACAAUUCUUUAAUAUGAUUGCAUUUAUAAUUAGAAUGAAAUUAUUAUUACAUAGUUAUAUACAGAUUCUAUCUUUGAUUAGAAUAAUAUUUAAAAAUACAUUUCUUUGAUAUUUCGACAUUAACUUCUUUUAUAAUAUUAUAAUUCAUUCAAUUGAUGAAAAAAUUAUAUAGUUACAAUGUCUUUUAGAUUUUUCUUUACAAUUAAUAAUUUCAUAGCAUGUACAAUUCAUAUUCCAUGGAGGUAACCUAUAAUAACUGAUAUAAGACACAUAAAAUGGAUAAGAUGAGCAAUAAGUUMAUUAUUUGAUUGAUGGACAAAAUCAACUCUUCAAAGACUUCACUGCUAUAGUCAAAAGUGACUGAGGUAGAACUGACAGUUUUCAGAAACUGGAAUUAUUAAUCCUUUUAAUUUAUAACCAAAUUUUGUCUAAUUAUUUAUAAAGUUAAUUGGAAUGAUAAGCUGCAGGAGUUCCUGUUUUGUCYCACUUUUUGCAACUUACUCAUCUAUUUUAUGCCAUAAUGAUGCAACUAAAUUAUUUCACCUUUUGAAAACAAGAAUUAUAUAGAAUUCAUGGACACAAAGAAGCACUAUUUUAACUUAAUUUAAACACAAGCAAGCUGUAUAACAGUAAAGCACUUUAAGUAUAAUAGAAUAGAACAAUAAUAGAAAAAACUGUGAAGUAUUUAUAAAUAACCUGAAUACUAGCAUUCAAUAGCACUUGAAAUAAAGUAAUUAAACAUU